AUGCACGUCCAAGUCCCCAACAGCGACGACUAUAUGGUGCUAUACUACUUUGGUGGUGAGAAACGUAUGAAAGGAGUUGGCUAUGCAGUGGACCGAACAAUAUCUCAAAAUUUAAUCGCCUUUCAACCAAUUUCAAGUCGUCUUGCAAUUUUGUCUCUCUAUGGAACAAUAAAUACGCAUAUCAUUGCUGCUUAUGCCCCGACUGAAGUCAAUUCCGACCAGUCGAAAAAUGAAUUCUAUAUAAAAUUGCGGGAGCUACUAGAUGCGCUACCCAGGAAGGACCUGAUUCUCAUUGCUGGUGAUCUUAAUGCACAAGUUGGCAGUAACCGGCAAGGUUGGGAAGAUGUACAUGGCAAUUACGGUAUUGGCAACAUGAAUGACAAUGGUCUACGUCUACUAUCCUUUGCUGCAGCAAAUGAGCUAACCAUUGAAAACAGUCUAUUUCGCCAUCCACUAAAACAUCAACUUACCUGGAGAGCACCGAAUGGGAAAGAUAUGUCGGUUUUAGACUAUUUUCUUGUAAGAAGGCGCUUUCGAACUUCACUUAUGUACGUUCGUACAAUGAGAGGUGCCGAUUGUGCUUCUGACCACCAUCUCGUACGCACUAUUAUACAGAUACGCUUAAAACGACCAUGUCCGAAGUCAACCACCAGUAAGCGACGCGAUUGGUCUAAACUCGCAGAUCCAACAGUACAGCAAUGUUUCCAAAUGGUACUUACAAAUCAAUUUGCUGCCCUCAAAGAAACCGACGACAUCAACGAAGCAACUGAACAAUUCAGCAAAGCGAUGAAGGAAUGCACGGAUACAAUUUGUACAACAAUAUGA